GCAAUGAUCCUAGAGUGCACAUAGCGCAGGUAGCCCUUCCUGUGAGCCUCUUCGGCCACCAGCUUGCCAAAUUUGGGCGAGCAUGCACGCAGGACUUUAGCCGUGGCGAACACCACGAGCCCUGCCAGCAGGGUCGGACCGGAGGCGUUGGCCCCCCUGGACCUGGCGGUCUGAAUCAACGUGUAGGAGGUCAGCAUCACAUCCAGUAUAGGCUUGGUGAGGUUAGAAUAGAGAUGGGCCACGGACUGGGAGAACAUCAUCACGUCCUCCGUGAGAGACUGGUCCGGGUUGGCGAGCCUCCCGUCCAUGUUGCUGACUUUGUAAUAGGUCUGAUCGGUGAAGUAGGUCCGAUAGGCAUGGUUCACUAGCCGGGUGCGGAAGGCCAGAGCCAGUUUGCACUCCAGGUACCGGAUGGCGCUGUUGACGAACGUGGCCGGGAUUGCAAUGAGGAGCCAUUUGAUCAGCUGGAUGAUGAAGCGUUUGGGUUUUUUCUCCACGAUCGUUUUGACUAUCUUGCCGUCCAAGCUGGCAACAUAAAUAGAGAGAAACGUCCGAGAUAUCAGCGCCACCGAGUGCAAAGAGAGCAAAGCGAGCUCUCUGGAAACGAGCUUGGGAAAGAGGAUUUUACCAAGUUCCAGGAUCUGCUUGAAAAACUCAGCAUUUACCCCCGGGGAUGGUUUCCUAUCAAUCACAGCAUCCGUUUGAGUCUUUCCCGAGCAAGUGGAGCCGUUCUCCGCUUUUGAAGCCCGGUGAUUGCUCCCAGGACCUUUGUUUUUGCAGAGCUGCUUGCAGAUGAUGGGGUACAGCGUUCUGACACCGUAUGCAGCAGCCGCAAGAAACACGGCUCGCUUCGCCGCUGCCGUGCGGUCCCAUCUCACUUUAGACGCCGCAUCGAGGAUGUUGGACAUUUUUCAACCGUUAGUCGUCUCUGCAACCAGCCCUUACUACACCCAUCCCCCAGACCUGACUCACCGCGUCGACAUAAAGAGCGAGAGGGAGUUCUGAUGGCCGGACUGAUGUGAAGCGAGCCCGAUACUUGUGCCGCUACAUCCUGCUCCCCUUUUUUGCGCCAGCUACAAGCACUCCAAACUAGAACAAGUGCACUUCCGGUUAUGGUUGCCAAAUUAAAGGCGUUCCUACCUCCACCACACAAACGUGUCUGUGUUAGCUUUUAGUUUAUAAAGAAAAUCAGCCCAACAUCCGGUUUUGCUGUCGUCACUGGCGACUUAGUUUGCAGAGGGUUUUUUUCAUUGGUCGAGCCCCCGGCAAAAAUAUGAUUGGUUGUCUGACAGACGUAAAUAAAUUAGUCCCAACUGAUUUAUUCUACUGUACUACAGUAUUUUAUUUUAAGCAAACGUAAGGCACAGUGAAACAAAAUACAGAAAUAAAGCAAACAAACUCCGUGAAAAUUACACAUAUAUAUUUUCUUCUUUGGGCAUUUCUGAGCAUAUGUCCGAAGUCUGGUGGUAUGUCCUCGUGCUUCUAUUGUAUUCUGAAAGCUAAAGUUAGCUACCUAGCUGAAACAAAACAAUAAGCUAUGCAUGCACUCUGAUUCUGUGCUGACACAGGCACAAAAGCUUGAUCUUUGUAGUUUUCUGGAUUUUGUCGUUUCUAUAGUAAUUAAGAGCUGUUAAAAAUGAACUGGGUUGGAGGUUCAAGAAACCGGUUAGUGAUGAGGAAUAAUGCCAAAAAGCAGAGGGAAUUCUUUGAAAAGAGAAAAAUGCAACAAAAACUUAAAAACAUGGGAAUACCUGUCCCAGCCCCUUCCCUAGACAACACUAGUUCUGGUAGUUUGGACCUAAUGACUCUGUUUAUCGUCAACCAGAUUGCUGCUAAAAAAGCAUGUGAAGAUCCUCCUAAAGCAGCAGUUCUUGGCAGCUGUAAGGCAGGAGCCAGGCAUAAGAGAAAAGAUCCUCUGGUGCUCCCGAUGAGCCCCUGUUCCCCAUCACAGCUGUGUCUUGUUGAGGGCCAGUCUGAGUACAGUGUUCAAGAAGGCAGAGAAAGAAGGAAGGUAAUUCCACAAGGGUUCAAGUUUCAGCGUUUGUCGCCAGUACUUGAGUCGGGUUUCUCAGACAACAGUGCCUCUGACUACCUGCCUGCCAUACCUGAUGCCCGCAGCCCCUUCUCUUCCACCUCAUCUGCCUGCUCAGGCCAAGGAACUUUCACCCUGCAGCUGAAUCUCCAGAAACAAAGCCAGGCACUGCAUCCCUCUUCUCCCCCACCCUGGGACACCUCAGUUCUAUCGCAGACCGAGGCAUUUCAUCCUUUCUCUCAGCCCAGAAGUAUGACAAACACAUCUCCCUGGUCGCACAACCUUAACCAACCCUUCUUCCAACUUGAGAACCCCACAGCAUCUCAGGUCCUCUUUGGCAGUCCACAACCAGGUAAAAGCAAGGCAGGAGACCAUGCAACAUAUGUGGACAGCAUCUUUCUCAACCAGCCAAAGGACAAAGAGUCCAUGCUGGACUUCACGCUUAACCAGUCAGAAAUUCAGCAGCAAUUGGAGGACAAUGUCUUCAGAGGCUUUUGUGAUGAAGAUUGUGAAGGACACUCUCAUUCUGGGAGUGAAAAAUCCAAAAUAUGUCUCCCAGAUCAGACGCCGGUAAACUCUUCUGCACCUCAAACUGUGCCAGACUCACAGUGCAUGGGAGCAGAGCCCUACAACUGCCCUGACACAAGGUUUUCAUGCUUUGGAGACAACACUGGGCCAGCGAAUGGCUCUGAAUAUUCGCCAAGUUACUCUUUUAGAGGAGGUUACCUGAGUCCAGACUCAAAUGAUGAUGAAGACUGCUAUCAGCUAUGCCUCCCAGCAUCUUCUUCUUACAUGGAUCAAGCCUUUGGCCCCAGUAGCUCUCAAGGGAAUUUAAAUGAAACACUCUCUGAGCUCAGGUCUCACACCCCACGAAUAAGAUCCCAAAUGGACUUCAGAGUUGACCUGAAAGUUACUGAGAACAUGGCUACCCCAGAUAAGGCUUUUGAAAGUAAAGGGCAGGAGAAAGAAAGCAGCACAGCUCUCCUUUUAUCUCCACACCCUUCAGCUCAAACUCAGAGCUCAGAUGUCUGCAAAUGCAAGAAAACAUCAAGUGAAACUCGAGAUGCAGGAACUCAAACAGUACGCAGCCCCCCAGCUGGGGCGUGCGACGCUUCGACUCAGUGCAGCUUUGUUGCAGACAGUGCUCUCGGGUACAGCUUGCAUCUAUCAAACGCUGACAUGUCGGAGCUGCCUCCAGCCACAGGGAGGCAGGCCGGUACCGCCACAGAGCCAGAUGCACUCACAGCUUCACCAGAAAACUCCAGGAGCGAAGAGAAGCAGACGCCCUGGAGCAACAAGAAAUCAGAGGCGGAUUCCCCGUCAGGCAGGAGCAUGGUCACUGCUAAUAACGGUGCCAAAACGAUUCUACAGAGACCCACAAACCUUCUUCUCACUAACUCCCUGAGCACGACUAAUGUCAGAGGUCAGGAGAAUAAAGAAGGCAGGGAUGAGACAGAACAACACGAGAACUGCCCUCCAAUGACAAGCUUUUCAGAUCAAGGGAGGGAAGAGGGCACAUCUGGCACCAGAGUUAACAUAGUCUCAAAGGAGGCUGAAAUGCUUCAAGACAUAGCCAACGUUUUGCUCCUCCUGAAGCAGAGGAAAAUUCAGGGCUACUAAGAACAGAUGGAUGAAGACGUCAGGAAAUCAGUUCUGUGCUGUGCAUCUUCCGUUAUUUUAAAGCAACAGUCCUAAAAGUAGAUUAAAAUAGUUACAGUGUUCUUAAUGUUGUGAUGAAGUUUAUGCAGUUAAAUAAAGCUCCAAAACAUGA